GGACCACGCAUCAACAGCCGAAAUGGAAGGUCUAUUCGGGUACAUAUACCACUGUUCGUUACGACUACGAAUGAGACUGAUGUCUCGAGACGAUAUCGUAACGACUGCAGCAUCCACACACCCUAAUAACCAACCAGGUUCACAACCCGGAUCACAAUCCAAAAUCCCCCAAGGGAGCUGCGCCGGCAUCUUCACCUACCGGUCGUCGAUCUGCGAAUCGGACAUCGAGAUCCUGACCACCGAAGACAGCCACACAAUCCACUACGCCAAUCAACCAGACUACGAUCCUAUCUCGGAUACCUUGAUCCCAGGGGCAAGUUCGAUCGUGAAUCUGAGCAAGCCGUGGACGUCGUGGACGACGCAUCGACUGGACUGGGUGGCUGAUAUGUCGGCCUGGUAUGCGGAUGGGCAGUUACAGAGUAAGAGUAACUAUUCGGUGCCGGAUCGGCCGAGUAUCGUGGCGAUGAAUCUGUGGAGUAAUGGGGGCAACUGGUCGGGGGAUAUGAAGGUCGGAGAGAGUGUGUAUAUGGGGAUUGAGUGGAUUGAGUUGGUGUAUAAUGUUACUAAGGCUGAUCAGGAUCUUCCUAUUAAAGAUCAUCCGGGGCAUAGGGAUCGGUAUCAUCGGGUUGGAGGGCUUGGUUCUGCUUCUGCUUCUUUUUCUUCUUCGGCUUCUGCUUCUUCUGCGGGUGGGGAUUUGGUGGAUGUGGAAGAUGUCGAGCCGCAGAUGGGGAAGGCUAAGGAGAGGAGCGAUGGGUGUCAGAGACCGUGCUGGAUUGAUCCGUGGCAUCCUGUGUAGGGGUUGUUGUGUCGUGUUGUGUUGCGUUGUGUUUCUAUUCUUUGAUUCAGU